AUGGGAGCAUUAGCCAUUAAGAAAGUAUUUUCCCUUCUCAUCAACUUUGUCCUAUUUGCCCAGUUGGUUUCAUCACUGGACGCGCCUGCCUUUUCUUCUAAUUCUUCCAAAGAAGCUAUUGCUCUUCUGACAUGGAAAAAUAGCCUUCAAAAUGAAUCUCAAUCCCACUUAUCUUCAUGGAUUCCAGUUUUUUCUUCCAAUCUAAACCUAAGUAGGAAUCCAUGCAAUUGGCUUGGUAUUUCAUGCAACCUUGCUGGAAGCAUCGUCAAAAUAAACCUUACCGAAUCUAGCUUACAAGGUACGCUUCACGGAUUUUCUUUUUUAUCAUUUCCAAAUCUUGCGUCCAUUGAUCUUUAUGUGAACACUCUUUAUGGGACAAUUCCACCUCAAAUUAGCUCCCUGUCAAAACUCAAAUAUCUCGAUUUGUCCUUUAAUCAGUUUUCAGGCAAAAUCCCACCAGAAAUUGGCAAGCUAGCUACUCUUAAGGCCCUCCACCUCGGACGUAAUAACUUAAACGGCUCCAUUCCUGAAGAAAUAGGGCGCCUAAACCUUCUAACUGAAUUUUAUCUUUACAAAAACCAUAUAGACGGUUACAUCCCUUCUUCUUUAGGCAAUUUGAGCAACUUGGUUAUUUUGCUUCUUUAUGGCAAUGAACUUUCUGGUUUCGUUCCUCCAGAAAUGGGAAACCUCUCCAAUUUGGAUCAACUUGACAUUAGUCAAAACCACCUGACAGGUCCAAUCCCUUCCACUUUCGGGAACUUGAAAAGGCUAACCAUCUUGCACAUGUUUGAUAAUUCACUUUCCGGUCCCAUCCCUUCGGAGAUUGGAAAUUUGAAAUCCCUAAAGAGUGUAAGUCUUCAACACAAUAAUCUUUCGGGUUCAAUUCCAGCAUCAUUAUUAGGUGAUUUGGUAAAUCUUACCCUACUUCACCUGGAUAAUAAUAGCCUUUCUGGAUCCAUUCCUACAGAAAUAGGAAACUUGACUUCUCUCAAAGAUCUACAGUUGGAUCAUAACCAGCUAUGUGGUUCUCUUCCAACUUCUUUUGCUAACAUGAGCAAUUUGAUAUUUUUAGUACUUCGUGAAAACCAACUUACCGGUCCAAUUCCUCAAGGAAUUGGAGAUCUCAUCAACUUGAAAACUCUACAACUGGACACAAACCAAUUUAUUGGUAAUUUGCCUCAAAACAUUUGCCAUGGUGGAUCACUUCGGUACUUUGCUGCAAGCAACAACCAUUUGGAUGGCCAAAUUCCCAAAAGUUUCAAAAAUUGCACAAGCAUAGUCAGAGUCCAAUUAAGAGGUAACCAACUCAUUGGAGAUAUAUCUAAGGACUUCGGUGUCUAUCCAAACUUGGAGUUCAUAGAUCUAAGGCAUAAUCGAUUUUAUGGAAGGAUCUCAAGUAAUUGGGGCCAGUGUCAACAACUACAAACCCUACUUCUGGGUAAAAACAAUAUUACUGGUAGCAUACCAAAAGAGAUCGGGAACUGGACUACUCAGCUAGGUGAACUUGAUCUUUCUUCAAAUCAUAUAGUUGGGACGAUUCCAAAAGAAUUCGGAAGCCUAAUUUCUCUAAUGAAAUUGUGGAUGAAUGGCAAUCAAGUCUCUGGCGCUAUACCUUUUGAAUUUGGGUUCUUGACAAAUCUUGAAUAUCUUGACCUGUCCUCAAACAAGCUGAAUACCAAUGGAAAUUUACAAAUUGGAGAGCAUAGUGAUCUUAAAUCUCUCCCAUAA